AUGACAGUCUCUCCCUUGAGUCUUGUCAAGAACCCAAUGGUGUUGCUUGCAGUUGUCGCGCUGGGUCUUAUGUUUGUCAUGCCCAAGCUCAUGGAGAACAUGGAUCCUGAGAUGCGCGCCGAAUUUGAGCAGCAUUCUCGCUCCUCGCCCAUCACCGGCGCCACUUCCAAUGCCAUGGGUGGUGGCGGUUUUGAUCUGGCCGGCUGGAUGGCAGGCACUGGUGCCCCUAACCCCACGGCCAACGAUGGGGUUCAGGCUGGUUCAACUGGUAGAGAUACGAGUGAUCCUGCCCGGAGGCGCAAAUAG